AUGGGCAAACGCAAGAAGUCUUCCCGGACACCCCAAGGACCCAGAAAGCGGGAACCUCUGGCAACGACCUUUUCUUGUCUCUUCUGUAACCAUGAGAACGCUGUGAUCAUCAAGUUAGACCGAAAGCUUGGGUUUGGCAAGCUGUUCUGCAAAGUCUGCGGUCAGGAGUUUGAGACUGCCGUCAACUAUCUCUCCGCCGAAGUGGAUGUUUAUUCAGAUUGGGUGGAUGCUUGUGACACAGUGCAUAAGCAAAACGAAGAUGACAGGGCUGUGAGCUCUCAACCUGGAAAUAGCAAACGUGAUAUUUCUUUGGAGCCUGGACAGGAAGAUAAUGUCGACGAUGAAUAUUGA